AUACGAACCCUCUGUUCCCAAUUCCCCUCGUUUUCCGCUUCGAAGUCCUGUAAGGCCGUUAGGGUUGGUUCCCCCUACCGCGCCCGUUCCCUCCUCCCAAGCGGCGACCCGCGAUCGGCGAGAGGAGCAUCCAAGCGCGAUACCAGAUAUUUUAGCAGAUUUUGCUGUGCUUUUGUUUUGAAGUUUAUCGCUGUAUCUGAAGACUGAAGCAAUGGCCAGUCUUGCUGAUUCUUUCUUGGCUGACCUUGAAGAUUUAUCUGACAAUGAGGCCCAUCUUGACGAUGAGGAAGCUGAUGUAGCAGACAUGGAGGAGGACGCUGAUGGUGAUAUAGCUGAUAUUGAAGCGCUAAACUAUGAUGAUCUUGAUAGUGUUUCAAAGCUGCAGAAGACGCAACGCUAUAAUGAUAUUAUGCAGAAAGUUGAAGAUGCACUCCAGAGAGGAUCAGAUAUAUCUGGUCAUGGAACAGUCUUAGAGGAUGAUCCUGAGUAUCAACUUAUCGUUGAUUGCAAUUCUUUAUCUGUCGAUAUUGAAAAUGAAAUCAUCAUAAUUCACAAUUUUAUACGUGAUAAGUACCGCUUGAAGUUUCCUGAACUUGAAUCUCUUGUUCACCACCCAAUUGAUUAUGCUCGGGUUGUGAAGAAGAUUGGAAAUGAGAUGGACUUGACCCUUGUUGACAUGGAGGGGCUUCUACCUUCAGCAAUUAUUAUGGUCAUUUCUGUUACAGCAUCAACUACAAGCGGCAAGCCUCUGUCAGAAGAGAACCUAAAAAAAACAAUUGAUGCAUGCGACCGAGCACUUGAUCUUGACAUUGCAAAGAAGAAAGUACUUGAUUUUGUAGAGAGCAGGAUGGGAUAUAUCGCACCAAAUCUUUCUGCUAUUGUUGGAAGUGCAGUUGCAGCUAAACUUAUGGGAACAGCUGGUGGCUUAUCUGCAUUGGCAAAAAUGCCAGCUUGCAACGUUCAGCUUCUUGGGGCAAAGAGGAAAACCCUUGCUGGAUUUUCUACUGCAACCUCUCAGUUUCGUGUAGGUUAUUUUGAACAAGCUGAGAUUUUUCAGAGCACCCCUCCUUCUUUGAGGACCCGUGCUUGUAGACUGUUGGCUUCAAAAUCAACGCUAGCAGCAAGAGUAGACUCAACAAGAGGAGAUCCAACGGGGAAGACUGGAAGGAACUUGAGAGAGGAAAUCCGUAAGAAGAUUGAGAAGUGGCAAGAGCCACCCCCUGCAAAGCAACCAAAACCCCUUCCAGUUCCAGAUUCAGAGCCCAAAAAGAAGAGAGGUGGUCGUCGAUUGCGGAAAAUGAAAGAGAGAUAUGCAAUCACUGAUAUGAGGAAGCUGGCUAACAGAAUGCAAUUUGGAGUGCCAGAAGAAAGUUCCCUUGGUGAUGGCUUGGGUGAAGGUUAUGGCAUGCUUGGUCAGGCAGGAAGUGGGAAGUUGCGUGUGUCAAUUGGUCAAAGCAAACUUGCAGCCAAAGCUGCUAAAAAGUUUAAGGAGAAGCCCUAUGGAAGCAGUGGUGCAACCUCAGGACUGACAUCAAGUCUUGCAUUCACCCCUGUACAGGGAAUAGAGCUCACGAAUCCACAGUCUCAUGGAAAUCUGCUUGGCGGUGGAACCCAAAGCACUUACUUCUCAGAGAUGGGGACAUUCUCAAAGAUCAAGAGACCUUAAUUUAGAUAUUUCAAUUGCCUCUUUGUAGUAAAUUUAAAAUUCUAAGUGGUCUUUUUCAUCUACCAAGACCAAUACAAUACGAAAGAAUCGUGGCCAAGAAACUAGUGGAGUCCCUUAUCCUUUGGAGGUCCCUUUCCAAUGCAACUGUUGUUUGUGAUGUUGGAUGCUGGGUCCGGGAUGUAGCGUUGGGUACCAGUUGUGGCUUCAAGAGUGGAAGUUACACAACACGACAGGCUUUGAGAUUACCAAGGUGGCCAUGGGUAGGUCACGAGAGUUCUUGUGAGGAUCCGGUGUGUGGAAAUAAAAGAUCCGAACGGGAGGUGAUUGGCUUGGGGCUCUCAACGAAAGCACCAUUGAUGAGGUUGGAGGGUAUCCUCCUGAACCCCAAAGUUCAGUCUCCACCGGGCUCAAAUAAGGUAUUGUCCGCUUUGAAUGGGUUUCAUAGUCUCUUUCCAACGUACGGUUUUGCUCUACAAAAGAUGUUUUUGAAGAGAAAGGGAUAGCCUUCUUUAUUUAAGGAACAUACAUUUUCGUUA